AUGUCGGAUCAGCUUAUGGUUUAUCAUUGUUUGGAAAUUCUUCCAUUCAAUGCGCCAAAUGAUCCAUUGACUGUUCAAAAUAUAAUUGUGGGUCAGGACACUUCACAACACCAACAAGAAAAUGAAACUCAAGAUCGCUAUCGACCUUCGUUCCCGCCUCAGCUUAUAGCUGAAGACUUGAUCGGUAAAGGCAAACAACCGCCUAACGCUUUUUUGAGUUACCGUAAAGCUGUCUGUAUGCAAAUUAAAGCUAUCGACGUUAAAUUGCACCAGAGUCAGGUGUCGAAACUUGCUUCAAGUCUUUGGUCGAAAGAAGGAAAAGAUGUCAAAGAAGCUUAUGAGGAUUUAGCAUCCAAAGCCAAAAAGUUGUGGAUUAUGGGGCAUCGUAUGGAUACUGUUAAAACGUAUAAAGUUACUGAUGUGAAAAAAGCUAGAAAAACUCGCUGUAAAACUUCACCCAAGAAAAAUAAAACCCGUCAACAACAAUUUCAUGUACAACAGUCAAUUCAAGGUGAUACGAAUUCUAACGCAACAGAAGAUAAUGCCGUUUUUGCACGUAUUUCUGUAGAUGAUAACAUCUACAGCAAUACCAAUGCGAGUCCAAUCAAUGCCGGAAUGGUAUAUAAUCCUACGUUUAACGAUACAAUUUGUUAUUCUUAUGCCGAUUUCUUGGGUGAAUUAGACCUACCGAGCUAUUUCAGCAAGACUGACUAUCAAUCAUGUCAGUCCAAUGAGCUAAUAUAA